UAGCUUUUUUUAUGUAAUCCAGACGCAUACAGCAAUGUUAGAAAUGCACUUAAAUAAACGACCGCCGAGUCGGAAAGCCUCGCUCGAGCGCACCUUCCAACCCCGCGUCGGCCAGCGCGCACCGCCCGCCGCAGGGGGGCAGCAGAGCGCGUGCCGCCUGCCCGCCGCGGAGGCCGACGAGGGCCUUUUCCGCCGCUGCCCGCUUCCAAGAUGGCGGCGGCGCGGCCUCAGCGGCGCCGGGCAACACGGGGCGGGGCGGUCGGGGCAGGCGGGAGGGAUGCUGCGAGCGGCGCUGGGCCGCGUGUCGACGCUGGUGAGCUGCGCGCGGCCCCGGGGGUCCGGCCUGAGGCAGUUGUGGGGGCGCAGAGCCCGCCCGGAGGCCGCAGGGAAAAGACAGGACUGGGGCUGGCGGCGCGCGUGCUCCGAGCCGAGGCCCGGGGCGGCGCACUACCAGCUCGUCUACACCUGCAAGGUCUGUGGGACCCGGUCCUGCAAGCAAAUCUCCAAGCUGGCCUAUCACCAGGGUGUGGUCAUUGUGACCUGCCCUGGCUGCCAGAACCACCAUAUCAUCGCAGACAACCUGGGCUGGUUCUCCGACCUGGAUGGAAAGAGGAAUGUUGAAGAAAUCCUGGCAGCCAGAGGGGAGAAGGUGCACCGAGUGGCCAGCGACGGGGCCCUGGAGCUGGUUUUAGAGGCUCUGGGGCCCCCCAAAUCCACCACUGCUCCGGAAGCGGGUGAGGACCAGGAUCCCACCCAGGAUCCCACCCAUCCUGGCAAGACAGAGCCCAGCUGAGCCGCCUUCUGCCCUCCAGGAGGCUUCGGCCCUAGGCCUCUCGGCACUUGCCUGUUUUUGUCAAUAAACAGUUAUCACUUGCA